GCGGCCAUGGAGAAAGUCUAGCACAACCAAAUGAUUUAAUUCCAUUUGGCUCUCAACAAACUCAUUUGGGGUAAGUGCAACACCCCAUGGAAACUUCUCUAGGGGAUUUUGGAGUUUGAUUUUUCAGUGUUUUUAUUCAACAUAUUAGUGCAUCCAAUACUGUUGAGGGGGUGUUGGUUGCUAUUAGUAGAGGGUAGAUAUGGUUCCGGAAGAGGCAUCGUCGUCUCCGUUGCAGAUGUUCUCGAUGAUGUCGCUAUCACCGGGCUUAGGCUCCCCCUAUCCUUGGCUGAGGGAGAUGGAAUCCGAAGAGAGAGGCCUCUGCCUCAUCCAUCUCCUCCUGGCCUGCGCCAAGCACGUCGCUGCUGGGAGCAUCGAGAAUGCCAACACGGGGCUGGACUACAUCACGCACCUCUCCUCUCCAAACGGGGACACAAUGCAGAGGAUUGCAGCAUACUUCACCGAGGCUCUGGCUGACCGCGUGCUCAAGGGCUGGCCCGGGCUGCACAAGGCCCUCAACUCGACCAAGAUGAUCUCCCCAGCCGAGGACCUCCUCGUGCACAGGCUCUUCUUUGAGUUCUGCCCUUUUUUGAAACUUUCGUAUGUGAUCACGAACCAGGCGAUCUUGGAGGCGAUGGAGGGGGAGAAGGUGGUCCACAUAGUCGACCUGCAUUGCUUCGAGCCGGCCCAGUGGCUCAGUCUCAUCCAGGCGCUGAGCACGCGCAUGGAGGGGCCUCCUCAUGUUAGGAUCACGGGGAUCCAUCACGAGAAGUCUGUGUUGGAGCAAGUAGCCAUCCGGUUGAACGAGGAGGCCGAGAAGCUGGACCUCCCCUUCCAGUUCCAUCCCAUUGUCAGCCAGUUGGAGAGUCUGGAUGUCGGAUGCCUACGUGUCAAGACAGGGGAGGCGGUCGCGAUAAGCGCGGUUCUCCAGCUGCAUUCUCUCCUGGCCUUCGAGGAUGCCAAGGCGAGCAAGAGCCCGAACGGGGUGCUCUUGAGGGACUUCCUUGAUAAGGACUCGCUGACUGCGAAACCUAAGAUGGCGGGCUUCUUGGACGGGAUCUUGGGGCUGUCACCGAAGCUGGUGGUGGUGACUGAGCAAGAAUCCAACCACAACGGGACCGGCUUGAUGGAUAGGAUGAUGGAGGCUUUGAACUUCUACGCAGCGCUGUUCGACUGCUUGGAGUACACGGCGCCAAGUGAACAGAGGCAGAAGAUUGAGAGCAUGGUGUACGGAAGGGAGAUCAAGGACAUCGUGGCGUGUGAGGGAGUGGAGAGACGGGCAAGGCACGAGAAGCUCGAGAGAUGGAUUCCUAGGAUGGAGUCAGCAGGAUUUGGGAAGGUGUGUUUGAGCUACCAUGUGAUGAUGCAAGCAAGGAGGCUGUUGCAUAGCUACAACUAUGAUGGCUACAAAGUGAGAGAUCAAAAUGGUUGCUUUGUCAUUUGCUGGCAAGAUCAGCCUCUCUUCUCUGUCUCUGCUUGGAGGUUUAGACCAACAAGAUGAAGAUGAACUCUAUUACUUUUUGCAUAUAAUUAUAAUUUUGACGCUUAAUCUUAUGUUAUGUUUAAAGAAUUUUGUUUAACAAGAACAAGUAGAUUUCAACUUUGAUAAAAGUUUACAUCAAUAGAAAUGAA